GAAUGCUGAGCCAAAGCCUCCUGGCCUGGGAGCAUGGCUGGGAAGGCGGGGAGCACUGCAGCCUCUGGGAGCUGUUGGGAAAACCUCUCCUCUUUGGUACCUUCUUCCAGGCACUUCUCAUUGAUGGGGAAAUUCGGUCAUGACCAGUCUUGUGUGAAGAGAGUCACACAGAGGCAUAAGCCACUGAGACGGGGCGGGGGAGACAUAGUGCUGAUGGGGUCUCCGUGAGGCACGUGGGAAGCUCCAAAGAAAAGUGGUGACCAUGGAACAUGGGUCGGAAGAGCAUUCAAGUUAGGUUUUGAAAGGCGUGUCCGAGCUUUCAAACCAGACAAGGAGGAACAAGGGAGGCGGGAGGUGGCAGGGAGAGCAGCCUCGAUUUCCAUCAGGGGCCAACAAAGCAAAUGAGGGAAGGGACGUAAGAUGUAGUACGUGGAGGGGAGCAGAGUGAAGCAGAGGAGGCAAGCCCCACCGAAAGUCAUCCAAAUGCAAAUCCAAUGUAGCCAAGCAGAACAUCCCGGGGGCUCAGCCUGUGGACUCCCUGUCAGUCAGCUCCGACAAAAGCUAACAGAAACAAGGUAGGAGCAAGUGGAAGGAGGUGUGAAGAACGUGGCCACGCCAAGGAGGAAGGUAAGAAGGGAGGCAAGAGGCACAGGAAGAACCAGUCUUCAAGAUUUUGUGUGGCCUUGCUGAGGGAUUGUCCUGAAAGCAAUAGGGAGCCAGUGAAGAUUUUUCUUUUUCAGUCAGGUGAGUUAAGGGAUGUGGGCUGCAUUUCAGAAGGAACUCUGAAAGUCUGAUGUCAGGACAGAGGUGGGGUCAGCUCUGAGAUGUUAGGGGACAGAAGCAACAGAGCUAGAUGACCCACAGGAUGUGGGAAAGUGAGGACUCUCGUCACGCUCCAUGGAGGUCUCUAGACAUAGAGAACGCAAGAGAAAUGUAAGGUGACACAGGUAGUGAGAGUUCCAAUCAAAUCUCAGAGCCAUCUCUUAGCAGCUGUGUGACACCAGGCGAGUGGCUUCACCUCUCUGGGCCACUGUUUUUUGGAAUAGCAUGAGAAUCACAAGGCAUCGUUCAUAGGAUCUUAUGAGGGAGAGAUACAGAAAGACUAAGAGGCAACAUAAAGAUGGUGUAGGAGUGUGGUUUCUGGAAACUGGAGGAUUCAAAGCCCAGCUCCAUUAUUAGCCAACCGUGUGACUCUGGGAAAUUUGCUAAUCUCCCUGUGCUUCAGUUUCCUCAGUCUUAGAUGGGAAUUAUAGUAGUACCUACCUACCAUGAUGACAGCGAUCGUACAUGGAACGAUUUGGUGCAUAGUGAGAGCUCAGUGAAUUUGAAUUCUAUCACUGGGUAAAGAAGGUGAUAUCAUAGGGACUGCAAGGUUCCCCUAGCUGUCCUGCCUGUUGUCAGGGGAGCCCCCAGGCUUCUCACCUUCUCUCCAAAUUUCCUUACCCCUUCCCGGCUUCUUCCCUGCCCCUCUCUUCUGCCUCCCCUAAAAAAGUUGUGUUGGCAGGUGAGGAAUUCCAGAGAGGAAAAAAGUAUGGGAUGGCUUUUGGGGGCAGCUAAAUGGGUAGCCAUGAUUCUCUAGAGGGUCUGGAAAAUGUGGGAAUGAAAGUUAGGGAUUUGGAAGAGCAACCAACCAGCAAUCCCUCCAGCCAGACAGGAAAGCAGUUUUUCUUGCUGGGGGCUCAGGUUGGAGUUCGAGGGAAUUUUCUUCUCAUUAUGAUUAUUACUAGAAACCCAAGAACUCAGAAAAUACCCAACAUAUAAGUCAUCCACGUCUCAACCCCUAAGAUUCCCAACUUCAGUGGCUUCACCCAAGCUGCUGCCCAAGGCUUGUUGCUUUAUGACUCUGUAACAGACAGAAAUGAUCUGACUCAUGGCCACUGACCAGGCUCCUGCCACACACCAGAGUUCCCCUAAAUUCCCAUUUGGUUACCUUUCUUGAAAACAGCCUGUUUUGGUUCUACGGAUCCUCAUCCACCAUUUCCAAUACACCUGGAAUGAGAAAUCAUGCACACACGCACACAUAACCUAGUCUCACCCCCUUUCCCCUCCCCCCCACCAGGGGCAAAGGAAUGGGACAGGGCCCCCGGGGAAGGGGUUGAUGGAGUGAAAUAGAAACAGUUCUUACUCCUUGUAUCUACCCGUUGUGACUUAUCAAAACUUUGAGGUUUCUCAGUUCUCACUGACAGUCAAAGUGGGCUUUCUCUAGAGUAACGAAAGAUUUGUGCCUGUUUAAAGAAACCUCGAGCACUUCACACCAAGAUGAGUCAGUGGAGAAUGGGCGGUGCGUUGGACCCUGACAAAAGUGUGUUGAAGAUAGAGAUGUGGGCUUGAGGGAGGCCUCCCAUGGUAAUUCGGCGAGGAAGGGGGAUGGGAGGAGGAGCUAGGACGUUGCACAGUCCUCUAUUCCUACCUAGGACUGCAGAUACUCAGGGGCAAGCUGGGGACAAUGGGACAGUGUGUGCCUGUCCUCAAAAAGAGAAGGCAGGUGCAGGAAGACAGCAAGGGGCUUGACUGCCAUACUAAGCUUCAGGGCUUUCCUCUGUAGGGCUGGAGGGAGAGGUCCUCAGGAUUUAGGAGGCCUGGUGGGGGUUGGCAUCAGAGCGCUGCCUUAGAAAGACGGGUCUAGCAGUAGUGUGCAAUAUAACUUGCUUGAGGUGGGAAAACUAUGUAUUUAUUUUUGUGGCUUGAGGCUCUUCCUCCUUGGCCCAGGAACCCCACCAAGCCCAGAAUCCCCUGCCUUAGGCACUCCACCUAGAGCUUGCAGUAAAUUGGGUGUUGUGCAGAGAGAUUUCCAGCAGGUGGCGCUGUAGCCAAGGACAGAGAAUCCCUGGCAAUCCGCUCCCUCCUGAGAAGCAGAACCCCUUGCUUUCAGGAAGAGGGUCCCCAGCUUCCAGAAGGUGCCUGAAGCGGAGUCCCAAGCAUUUCCCUGUCCCUGAUGAGACAGGAGGUGUGACCGGCCUGCAAGUCCUGCCUUGGCAUUCAUCUGUGGCGUCCUAGUUACUGAUUGUGCUGUGGGCCAGGCCCUGGCUGGGAGGCUGAGGGUCAGGUUCCUGGGAAGGGGCUACAAAGGUCCGAAAGCACAACACCUGUCCUCUGGGUGCUCCCAGAGGUUAGGUGAGAUAAGACUGCUACAUAAAUUACCCCGUGCACUGUCCUCCCUGCUCAGCCCUCAGAGGAAAUAAGUUCCCACUCCAGCCCUCACCUCAGCCACAAAGCAGAACUGAGUGGCCAAGGCCCCAUCGUCUGUCGGCAGCUCACCAGGCCUGUGCUAACCUGGGGUCUCAACCCGCUGCUCAGACUCCAGAGAGCCUCCUGACUUCCAGAAUGUACCCAGGUUCUGACCCUGCUCUGCGCAGGCCGGGCAGUGUCUUCCCUUUUCCCACAUCUCGUGAGGCCCAGAUUAGAAACAAGUGAAAGAGCAAACAUACCCACACACACUUCAGUCAAGCAAAAAAAGUAGUUACCUCAGAGAAUAGUCUCUGUCGUACCAUACCGUCCUAGGACUGCGUCCCCUCAGGCCACCCCGGCGCGCUCUCCCCUGGAAGAAGGAGAAGCUGGGGCAUUCACUCACUCACUCACUCACUCACUCGUUUAUUCACUCAUCAACCCACAGUUCCUGGAUGCCUUCUUCAUUCCGGGCCUGCACUGGGUGAAAGGGAAGAGGUCCCUGCUCCACCGACAGGCUGAGGGAGUAGGCCAAGGAAACCACAAGUUGGCCUUAAUGAAUGUCAGUUGAAUGAGGGGUUGUGGGGAGCAGAUGGGUCCCCGAAGCACUUUCCUGUCCUUGCGAUGCCAGGAAAUAACCUCACUCCUCCAGCUAGCCCUGUGGCAUCAGCCUGUCUCCUCAGCUGGCCUCCCCCAGAGGACAUUCGGGCUGCAGAUGGUGUUGCCCACUCACCCGGAUGCAGGAAAGAUGCUCCCCAAUGGUUACUGGCAAGGAGCAGUGCAGGACAGACAGACAGACACACACACACACACACACACACACACAGAGUUACCAUCACCCCCUCCCUCAAGGCCUUGCUUCCCACACAACCAGGGGUGGGAGGAGCCACUCAAACCCAGGAGUCAAGGUCAGGUGAAACUCAGCCUUGAGGGGCAGUGUGGGCCAGGGCGAGCUUUCCAACUCCAGAAGAUGCUCUGAAGAGCCAGGAAGGGGGUGGGGAACAGGGGCUGCCAUGCAUUCUGAUCCCACUAAGCGGAGGUGAGGGUCGGCAAGGCUGGGCAGCCAGCCAGGUGCUUCAAGGCACAAUCUGGUUCUGAUGUUCCAGGCAAACGAGGUGCCUGGGGCUUGUGAGGAAAGUUCCCAACAGGGCCCCCACCCCUCCCUGAGGCCUUCUUUCCUAACAAAGAGCUGCCCCUGCCAAGCAGUAACUUUCUCACCUUGUCUCCUGCAGGGAAACCAAUGAAAAGCCUGCUGGUGGUGGCUCUCCUUGUCAUUUUCCAGCCGGUGGCUGCCCCUCUCCAUCUGCUGAGUGACCCUACAAGCUACACGUGGUCUCUGAAUGUCCUGGAUGCCGCUUAAAAUGAAAACACAGGGGAAAUAAGAUACCACCUUCUCCCCCACCGCACUUGCACCAUCCCCAUUCAGAAUACAGAAAUGCGGGCUCCGUCUGAGUCUGUCGAGGGGAACGGCACAAAACAACGGCUGUGUGCCUGUGCCAAGAUGAGGUCACAGAUGAUUACAUCGGAGACAAUACCACGGUGGAUUACACUCUCUACGAGUCUGUAUGCUUCAAGAAAGACGUGCGGAACUUUAAAGCCUGGUUCCUGCCGCUCAUGUACACCAUCAUUUGCUUCAUGGGCCUGCUGGGCAACGGGCUGGUCGUACUGACCUACAUCUAUUUCAAGAGGCUCAAGACCAUGACCGACACCUAUCUGCUCAACCUGGCCAUGGCCGACAUCCUCUUCCUCCUGACCCUUCCCUUCUGGGCCUACAGCGCAGCCAAGUCCUGGAUCUUUGGUGUGAACUUUUGCAAGAUCAUCUUCGGCAUCUACAAGAUAAGCUUCUUCAGCGGCAUGCUGCUGCUUCUUUGCAUCAGCAUUGACCGCUACGUGGCCAUUGUCCAGGCCGUCUCGGCCCACCGCCACCGUGCCCGGGUUCUCCUCAUCAGCAAGCUGUCCUGCGUGGGCAUCUGGAUGCUGGCCAUGGUGCUGUCCACCCCAGAGCUGCUGUAUAGCAGCCUCCAAAAAAGCAGCAGCGAGCAAGCCCUGCGGUGCUCCCUUGUCACUGAGCACGUGGAAGACCUGAUCACCAUCCAGGUGGCCCAGAUGGUGGUGGGCUUUCUGAUCCCUCUGGGGGCCAUGAGCUUCUGCUACCUCGUCAUCAUCCGCACCCUGCUCCAGGCCCGCAACUUCGAGCGCAACAAGGCCAUCAAGGUCAUCAUCGCCGUGGUCGUGGUCUUCAUCGCCUUCCAGCUGCCCUACAAUGGGGUGGUCCUGGCCCAGACGGUGGCCAACUUCAACAUCACUGGCAGCGGCAGCUGCGAGCUCAGUAAGCAGCUCCACAUUGCCUAUGACGUCACCUAUAGCCUGGCCUGCGUCCGCUGCUGCGUCAACCCUUUCUUGUAUGCCUUCAUUGGUGUCAAGUUCAGGAAUGACCUCUUCAAGCUCUUCAAGGACUUGGGCUGCCUGAGCCAGGAACGGCUCCGCCAGUGGUCUUCCUGCCGCCACACCCGGCGCUCCUCCAUGAGCGUGGAGGCUGAGACCACCACCACCUUCUCCCCAUAGGUGGCGCUCCACUCGGACGAGAGGGACCUCUCCCAGGGCCCCCGGACGGGCAGCAGGAGACUUGGGCUCCAAAAGCUGCAGAGGGAAAGGCAGUCCUGGCCGUGAAGCUCUGUCUCGUGGGGAGAGGACGUGCAGCAGCCCGGACCCCUGGCCCUAGCUACCUCCACCCAGGUUCCAAAGCGCUGUGACCGAUAAGCUGCGCCAAAUCCUGCGACACUCCAAAACCAAGGCUGCUGUCCUCCAGACCAAGAAUCAAGAGUGGAAGUGGGGAAACAGUCCGCACUUGGAGUGAAGGGAGAGUUGGUGACAGGUGGACCGGAGAAGGACGCACGGCAAGUCCUCUGAAUGAAACUCCUUCUGACCCAGGAAGACAUCCUCCCUGAGAGUCGAGGGCUGAGGCAAGGUCUUCCAGAAAACAAGGCUUUGUCUCUGGGACCUGAGAUGGUGGGGAGACGUCUCGGCUUGGCAGGGAAAGGGGAUGCCAGCGGGUCAAACUCUGCAUUCCUCCCUCCGUCUCUUUCUCACUGUCAUCUGAGCCACCAAGGAAUGGCAGGCUCCAGACCUCCCUGAAACCACACUUGCCCAGUGCCCGCCACCUCUCAUCAGGCUGCUGCCUGCCCAGGCUCUCCUCAGGGAGGGGCGUGGUGUUUCCUGCGGGCCAAGCCAGCGGCCUCUGCCCGGCCAAAACCACGCUCCCGGCCAGGACUCUGGGGCACGGAUGACGUGCGGCGAGCCCUUCUCGGGUGGGUCUCAGCUCUGCUCCGAAGGAGGACAGGGCAGGCAGAGAGGUUAGGGACAGGGACCGGGGGGCGGGGGGAGGGUAGGGGGGGUGGAGGAGUGGUGGUGACAGUAUUGACUGCUGAAGGCCAGUGAGCUGCUCUUUGUUCUUAGUCAUGGGGACAAAAAAAAACGCUCAUCCUGGCCUGCUUUCAGUUCAUUAAGACGGCGCAGUUUACUCACAGACAAAUACAAGUUUUCCUUUGCGGAAACAACAGCUUUAAAAGAAAGGGGGGACAUUUUCGGUAAAUGGCAAAUGGGUAUGUCCCUGUUUUGCAAGCCCCCACUUCCCACCCUAUCACCUCCUCUUCUCUGCCCUCCCUGGGCUUCGUUUCUGAGAGAUGAUCAGAGCCGUGGGGUCUGCCAAGCUAUGCUCUGAGCCCCUCCUGUGACACCAUCCCAGGAGGCUGAAAGAGGGAGGGGGAGGGAAUGCACAGGGUGCCCAACUUGCAAAUGCCCUUCCAGAACUCGUGGGAGAGGACCCAAGCCUGUGCCAUCAGCAGUGACCCACAGACGUGGUAUGAGCUGAACUUUGGAGAGAGCCAAGCUGUCCUUAAAACGUCAACGGCUGGGAGCUCUCCGUCACCUUUAGCAACAUUUACUCACUGGUCAGCUCGUCCGGUCCCUGCUCGGUCUGUAACUUAGAGCCCAUAAGCCUUUGUCAGUCCCUUCAAGCUCCCCACAAUGGUUCUUAGAGAAAGGGCCUCUUCCACCCCUGGGCACCCAGACUACAGCAUGUUGGAUUAAGGAGGCUGGGCAUGGCACCCAUGUGAUAGGCUGCACCCUUUGCUUGGAAGCCAAGUUCAUCCACGACCCACCCUACAGACCACUGUUGUAGCAAUAGCCGAUGUCCAGUGACCCAUCAUGGAGGAGCAGGGAUCAGGGAAUAGUCACUGCCCACAACAUAGAUCCAUGUCCCUGGGAUCCCUGACGCCUCCCCGGAACCCUGACUCCUCCAAGCCAGAGAGGAGGUUAGCCCAAAGCUGUGAUGCACGAGGAGGCAUCUGAAGGGCCCAGCACAGUGACAGCUGGGGGCCUGGCAGGGGGUGAGAGGGAGGGUAUACUCAGGUAAAGGUGAUAGUAUACAUUUUCCAGAGAGCCCGCUUGGUAAUGCAGCCCAUUCUCUCUGGUCUUCAGCACAUGACCUUUGUCUCCUCCGUGGGCUGCACUGGGCACGACUUGUUGGCCAGCAUGCCCUGGGGAAAAGGAAGCUGGCCCGGGUGCAGCCAGGGGGAAGCGGUGCUUGCCACAGCAGGGCUAAGCAGUAAAACAUGCAGCUACAGAUGUGUGUGCAUGAGUGUGGGGUGUGGGGAGGACCCCAGAGUGCCUGUGGGGUCCCUGAGAAGAGCAUGGAGCCCACUGGUAUGUACGUCGUAAUGAGGGUAUGGGCAAGAAACCAAUCCUCCGUUCCUGAAGGGAGGAAUUCAAGGGCACACUCAUGAGCCGGAAGCCAGGCCAACCGCACAAACAUGCCAUCUCGGCUUCAGAUACAUUUUUCUAAAAUAACUGGACAUCUCCGAGUAUUUACAAAGACAACAGAACCCCAGCCAUGUUAAUUCCCCAAACUGCUCUAUCUCAGCUCAUAGCUGGUCUGGACCCUGCUCCCUUGCCCAGAGCUCUCCUGGGCCUACCCUGAACUUUGGGGGACCCCUAGGAAGAAGGAACAAACCCAUUGGGGAGCCCCCCUGCCCCAGCACCCAAGGCUUCUCUCUCCCUUUCUAUCAUCUGCUUCAUACAACUGCUCCCAUGAACGGGUUUCAUGGCCCCCAUGGCCCCCCCCUCCUGUCUCUUAUAGCUUUCCCAUUCUCUCCAUCCCCAUCUUCCCUGGCUGCACCCCCAGGGCCCACCUCUGCCCUUACAGCCAGAAGCACCACGCGUCAAGAAUCAUGGAUUCACAGGACUGCAAGGGACUGCAGGGAUCUGCUGGUCCACCCCAAUCAGCCUCUAGAUGGGGAAACCAAGGCCCAGAAGGAGGAACUGACUUGCUUAAAGAGACUUUGCAAUAUAAGAAUACCGGAUCAGCUGGCUUUGGGGGCCUGAGGGUCUGGCAGGAUUAUGGGAAGCGGAUGGGAGAGAGCGGACCUCUGAAGCCAGGCUGACUGGGAAGCUCAUCUCUGUUGCUUCCCAGCUGUGUGACCUUCAGCUGUUGCUCAACUGCUCUGAGGCUCAGAUUUCCCAACUGCAAGAUGGAGAGGAUUUGGCAAACACGUCGCACGGCGCCUGGAAUGCGGAACGUGGUGAUGAGGAGCAGGGGUUCUGCGGCCAGACUGCCUGGUUUGAAUCUCAGCUAAGCUCCUCGGGCUCCUUACUUAGUCUGUGUUUCGGUUUCCUAGUCUGUGUGAUGGGGAAAAUCAUAGCACCUACCUCCUAGGACUGUUGUGAGGAGCAAAUAAAUUCACAGAUGUCAAAUGCUUAGAAAUC